UCGCUCCGGCUCUCUCUUCUUUUUUUGCGUGGGACGAUCGUUCUCCUUCUUCCAUCACUUCACGUCCACGCACACGAUAUAAAAAGACGGCGCUCGGCCACUUUCCCGACUGAGGCUUUAAAUCAGGAUGCCUUUGCUCAAGCGUCUGCUGUCGGUCAAGAACGAGCUCAUCCUCUUCGCGGCUCCGCUCCUUCUGCUGCCUUUGCCGCUAGUCAUCGGCACGUCGGAAGCAGAAUGCGCCUAUGUGAUCGUCCUCAUGGCGGUGUACUGGUGCACCGAGGUCCUGCCGCUGGCGGUGACGGCCUUGCUCCCUGCGCUCCUCUUCCCGCUAUUUGGCAUCAUGGAGUCCCAGAGUGUGUGCAUGCAGUAUCUGAAGGACACCAAUCUGUUGUUUGUGGGCGGUCUGAUGGUGGCUGUGGCAGUGGAGCACUGGAACCUGCACAAGCGCAUCGCCCUGAGGGUUCUCCUGCUCGUCGGAGUGCGGCCGGUACUGCUGAUGCUGGGCUUCAUGGGCGUGACAGCCUUCUUGUCCAUGUGGAUCAGCAACACAGCAACCACUGCAAUGAUGGUGCCCAUCGUUCAAGCUGUGCUCGAGGAGCUCAACAACAGCGAGGCACAGAUGCCUGCCAUCUUGAGCUCACAGGAGGUCCAGACGUCAGAGGUGGACGUCAAGCAGGAGAAACAGGCGGAGGCGACAGGUAAGAGGAUGUUGGACACUUGGUACUGCGUUUUUCUGUUGCUCCUCUUCGACUUUGGUCUCCUGUUUGAAGGCCCCGUGGUGGUGACUUUCCUGGAUGCCUCCGUUGAGGUGACCCGACAAAUGGAGGCAGCGGAAAGACAGAAAAUGUGCAAAGGGAUGACCCUGUGUGUCUGCUACGCCGCCAGCAUCGGUGGCACGGCCACGCUGACGGGGACUGGUCCCAACUUGGUGCUCAAUGGACAAAUGAGCCAACUAUUUCCCAAAAAUGGCGACGUGAUCAAUUUCGCCUCCUGGUUUGGAUUCGCAUUCCCCAACAUGAUCCUCAUGCUGGUGCUGGCGUGGCUGUGGCUACAGUUUGUCUUCAUGGGAUUCAACUUCAAGAAGACGUGGGGCUGCGGGGCUGAAAAGACAGAGAAGGAGGUGGCCGCCUACGAAGUGAUCCGAGGGCAGCAUCGCCGGCUUGGGCCCAUGUCCUUUGGCGAGCUCAGCGUCCUGGGUCUCUUCAUUUUGCUAGUGGUCCUGUGGUUUGCCAGGGAUCCUGGCUUUGUGCAUGGCUGGGCCACAAAUAUCUUCAACUCCAAAGCAGAGUACGUCACAGACGCCACUGUGGCUAUCUUUGUCGCCAUCCUCCUCUUUGUCCUGCCGUCCAAACCGCCACGUUUCUGCUCAUGGAGGACACAAAGUUUUGACACAGCAUCCCAUCAGACAUCCAGCUCAGCUCCACGUCUGCUUACCUGGAAGGUGGCCCAGAAGAAGUUACCGUGGGGAAUUGUGCUGCUCCUUGGAGGAGGUUUUGCUCUGGCCAAAGGGAGUGAGGUAUCGGGACUCUCCAGGUGGAUGGGAGAUCAAAUGAGCCCCUUGCAAAGCAUCCCACCCUGGGCAAUUGCUAUCAUCUUGUGCCUCCUUAUUGCAACCUUCACAGAGUGCACUAGCAAUGUGGCCACAGCGACGCUGUUCCUGCCUGUCUUAGCAUCAAUGUCGCAGUCCAUCGGAAUCAACCCGCUGUACGUCAUGGUGCCUUGUACUCUGAGCGCCUCCUUCGCCUUCAUGCUGCCUGUGGCAACGCCGCCCAAUGCCAUCGUCUUCUCCUACGGAUACCUCAAGGUUUCGGACAUGGCCAGGACUGGAGUAGUCAUGAACAUAAUUGGCAUACUGUGCAUCACGCUGGCCAUCAACACCUGGGGCCGGGCCAUGUUUCACCUGGACUCCUUUCCCACAUGGGCCAACGCCACUGGGCCGUGACGCUCCCCCAGUUUCCCUUUGCCUUGAUUUCCUGCUCUCUGGUCAGAGGCUGAGCCACAACAUGGUUUGACAUGGUCUGUGCUGCUGAGACACAUGUCUCCCACCAUGUUUAUUUUCCAGUCCACACUUGAGUCUUGUGGAUGAUGAAUCAUAUGUAGAGGAAAACAGCUUCAUUUUUAUUAACAUCACAAAUAAGGUAUUCUGUGGCCGUAAUACACUUCGAAAAUAAAUUAAAAAAAAACAUCUGUGACACCUCACCUGUCAUUAAAAUGCUGACAAGGUUUUUAAUAUGAACUAACCUGAGCACUUUAACAUAAACACAUAAUUAAAAAUUAAGCAUGAGAAGGUGAGUUAUUAUUAAAAAGCAUCGACCAGAUGUGAAAAUGCUGUUUAAACGGUCACACAAGUUAUAACAAUCCUCUAUUAGUAACAUUUUCAUAUUGUUUACAUAUUGUUUUUCUUUCAACUACAAACUGACAUUUUUAAUUCUCUGCUGCUAAAAGGUGUAAAUGUAGUGUAUAAAAUUGUAUAAUUCAACUAUGAUGAUGAUGUGGAUUAUUUUGUACAAUAUUGCGUAGACAACAAAUAAACAGCAGCUUUUACCCCUUAUUUGACCUGUGAGGGGCUUCCUUUCAGCAUUAUUUGAAUUUUGAAUAAUAUUGUGAAAAACAGCAAAACUAGUGCAAACAUUCCCAUUUCUUUUACUAUUCAAAUAAAUGCUUUAUUUGCGGCA